GACUAUGCGGUUGGAGAGCUGGGGCCGGGUCGCGGGUGUUUGCGGCUCCCCGGGAGUGUGGGUGACGCCCCGGGAGCCCCGGGGUGCCAUUGGCAAGACACUCCAGGAAGUGGCGGAGCCAAUGGUGGAACCCGCGCAGGAUGACCUCGAGCCUCCACUUCCACCGUGGAGAACUUCGUGUCAGUUGAUCCAGAUGUCCCUGCUGCCUGGUCACAUUUGUGACCCCAGCUAGCUUAUAGGAAUUCAUGUGACCAUCUUUCCACCGUAGAAAAGGACACUAAUGGAGAAGUUCUGUGGGUGUGGUGUUAUCCUUCCACGACAGCCUCAUUAAGGAAUCUGCUGCUCCGAAAAUGCUGCCUAACAGAUGAAAACAAACUUCUCCACCCCUUUGUCUUUGGUCAGUACAGAAGAACGUGGUUUUAUAUCACUACAGUUGAAGUUCCAGAUUCUUCAAUUUUGAAAAAGAAUAUAUCUGAAAUAUGGGAGCCCGGUUAAAAUGAUGGAGAGUUACAUUGCAGUUCUUACCAAGGGGAUCUGUCAGAGUGAAGAAAAUGGCUCUUUCUUUAGCAAAGACUUUGAUAGUCGAAAGGCAUAUCUUGCAGGUUCCAUCAAAGACAUUGUGUCUCAAUUUGGAAUGGAAACUGUUAUCUUACACACAGCAUUGAUGCUGAAAAAACGAAUUGUUGUCUAUCAUCCCAAAAUAGAAGCUGUCCAGGAGUUUACCAGGACUCUGCCUGCCCUGGUGUGGCAUCGACAGGAUUGGACCAUCCUGCAUUCUUACGUGCACCUCCAUGCUGAAGAACUGGAAGGCCUGCAGAUGUGCACAGGCUACAUUGCUGGCUUUGUAGAAUUGGAGGUGAGCAACAGACCAGACCUCUACGAUGUAUUUGUGAAUCUGGCAGAUAGUGAGAUCACCAUCACUCCACUUGCAAAAGAGGCCAUGACAAUGGGCAAACUGCAUAAAGAAAUUGGUCUGCUAAUUGUGCAGUCUGCAGAAGACCCAGAGAAGUCAGAUAGCCAAGUUAUACAGGACAUUGCUCUAAAAACAAAAGAAAUCUUCACCAAUCUAGCACCAUUUUCGGAAGUGUCAGGUGACGGGGGAAAGAUCAUCCUCAGUGUUGAGGCACUGAAGCAAAAGCGAUUCCCACCUGCAACAGAGAACUUCCUUUACCAUCUAGCAGCAGCUGAACAGAUGCUGAAGAUUUGACUGUCCACAGCAAGACCCUACAGAACUUCCCUUCAUUCUGAGUACCCAUUGGUAUUAUAUAGUAUUGGAAUUACAGAGGAAAUGUUCUAUUUUUAAUGAUUUAUUUCCAAGUAUUUAGAUCUCACCUGAGAAACAUGUAAAAAUAAUAGUGUUUUUCUUUUCUUCCUGCCAGUAUGACCCACUGCUGGACAGUGUUUUAACUACUGUCCUAAUGGUAGGAGCCAUAUGCUGUCCCAGAAUUUAGGAGUCACACACAGAUCAGCACAUGCAAGCCUUCAUUGUGGAUCCCCGUUUGUCUCUCUCUAGCCAUAAACUUAACGGUUUAUUUUCAGAAAGCUGCCUCACAGUUUGCUUUUUAUUCUUCUAGGAAAAAACUUGAAUACUUCAUGAGAGAUUUUACUUUCUGAGCCAAAUUGCUAUGUUUUCUGCAGAAUUAUCUAGAAUAUCAUUCAAGAGAUAACUACAAUUGCACUUUCUUGUAAAAGCAAAUGUUUUGGGGCCUUUGAAAUUUUUGCCUAUAUUGUGAAGGUUUUUCAUAGAUUUUGUACAUGAUUAGUACUCUUGGUCUAACUGCUCCUAGCAGUGCCUUUGGGAAAGAAGCCAGUCCCUGUAACAGAGGAGCCCCUUUUAAAUAUAAAAAACAAAACAAAACAAUACCUUUGUUUUUUGUUUGCAGUGCUGGAGCUAGAACCUGGGGCCUUGCAUAUGCCAGGCAAAAUGCUUUUCCACAAAGCUAAACUCUUAGCCCAAUCAUGAUUUCAUAUAUUGGUAAAUUACCUCAAAUUGCAGAGGCCAAAAUCAGACAGUGUCUUCAAGUGAUUGCAGUAAAAGUAAUCUGGCUACAUCAUAAAGGACACUUAUUGAACUUUUUUGUUUGUUUGUUUGUUGAGACAAGGUUUCUCUGUGUAGCCCUGGCUGUCCUGGAACUUGUUCUUUAGACCAGACUGACCUUAAACUCAGAGAUAUGCCUUCCUCUGCCUCCCGAGUACUGGUAUUAAAGGUGGGCACCACCAGUGCCUAGUUUAUUGGCUUCUUAGUUUGAGACCUUAAAAUUGUGAGUAAGCACAAAUGUCUAAAUUAAACAUCCCUUUGUCUACUCAUGUUAAUUAUGAAAGGCCACUUUAGGACAGUUGCAGAACCUUCAAACCUUACGGGGAAACAUGUUUGCAAAAACAUUAUCUAAGGUGGGUCUUUUUGCUGGUCAUAGUGGUGCACACCUGUAGUCCCAGCACUUGGAAGGCAGAGGUAGGCGGAUCUUUGUAAGUUCAAGGCCAGCCUGGUCUACAGAGAAACACUGUCUCAAAAAACAGAACAAGAAAGUUAUCUUUUAAAAACCUCAUUGUUAGAUGUUUAAGUAAAAAAAAAAAUAAUAAUAACCUUUCCCUCUUGUCCUUGGGUGGGAACAGAGAGGACCUGAAAUAACUUGUUUACCUGAGCUAGCAAUUGAAGAUUAAAUUUGCACUUUAUGAAAAGAACUGCUGAUGUAUUUGUCCUUUUCUCCCUUUUGUAAUACUGUUAGAAUUACAAAAUUAAAACAUUUUGAUAGUU